AUUGCUGAGUCGUUGUGUCAUCUUUGCUGGACUUUCGCCGUGACAGCUGUGUUGAUAUUUGUACAAUAAAAACAUGGCAUCGUUCGUCGCAGCUAGCCGCUCCGCGAUUAAAUUAUUACAGCUCCCAUCUGCUGGAUUCCUUGCCCCAUGCCUGCAGAAUGCGACGGUCAUCAAUCAGCAGCAAGUUCGACACCGGCGUACGAAGCAUUGGGAUCCAAAGUGGAAGCGAUUGCGUAAAGCCAAGUUCGUCAAGAUCGACAUACCAAACAUGAACGAAAAAGCGGACGAACUGACGCAGGAGCAGCUAAAAACUCGCAUGAAGGAGCGAGGAAUUUUACCGCCUCGUCCGUGGCUGGAGCGUCCGUUUUACAUCAGCUGCACGGGCGGUGUCUUCGAACCGUACGUACCGCCAGAGGGUGACGGUCGCAUGUCGGCAAUUUCGCGCGAAGGUGCUAAGCAAAAGAUUGAACAACUAGAAAAGAAAACGAAAUCGAUGAUGGCGGUCCGUAAGAUAAGGAAUUACGAUGAAGAUUUCGAUCCGCCCGAGUUUGCCACAUUGGCGCAGGAUAUCUACAUAGAUGCUCACAAAACGUUGUGUGAAAAGAACAAGUACAAGCUGCGGGAGAUCGUUACGGAGCGGGCGUACCCGGAGCUGAUGCACAACAUCAGUGAUAAAACGAUUCGUUGGCAGUUUUUGAAAUCGCUUGAACCUCCCCGGGUCGUCCAUGCGCGAUGCACCGAUGUAAUCACGAAAGAGAACGUCUUCGCCCAGGUUACGGUCCGAUUCCACAGCCAGCAAACGUUGGCCAUUUACGAUCGCUUCGGAAGAUUAAUGCACGGCAGCGAAACGGUAACGAAGGAUUGUCUUGAAUACGUCGUGUUUGAAAAGCAUCUGGCGAACGAGUAUGGUGUGUGGCGAUUGCACGAAAAGAUUAUUCCCGAUUGGAUGCCACCGAAAGCACCCGCAUUCAUCACGUACCGCGUCGACGAUGUGCCACCGGUCGAGGCUUCAGAAGCAGAAACGAAGGAUGUCGUAACGGCAGAUGAAACCCCCAAAGCUGGACCGGUUGCAACCGCAUAAAAGGGGCUAAUUUGUUAGCGUUAAUAAAAAUGCAUUAUUAGUCAUGAUAAUAAAUAUAUGUAACAACACAGCUUGUUUAACGAGGCA